AUGGCCUCGAUGAUGGAGCAGACAGGCAAUGACAGAAGCAGCAGCAGUCGUGUUGGGCCCGUGAGCAGUGGUGAGGGCGUCGCGGACGACAAAAAGCAGACGCAGAUCAAAUCGCAUACAACGGCCAGACAUCUCCAGCACUCGCACAACCACGCAAGCGACGAGGCCCUCUCCAGUCCGCGACACUCACGAAAUCAUUCGACGAACGCGAUCCCGCCAGUGACGCCCUACCGCGAGCGUCUACUGCCUCGCCGCGCAACUAGCUUUCCUUUGCCGAAAGGCUCGUCAUCACCUUCAUCGCCGACCGCUGCAGCAGAGAUCGAAGUUGAUUCGCUCCUCACCAACAGACCAGAAGUACCUAUUGUCCACGGCAACGGCAACUCGACUCGACGAGUCUCGGUGGGCGCAAAGUCGAAACUACGGGUACUCCGCCGGAAUAACAAUGCUAUAGAAAAAGGAAUCGACUCACGACCACCGCCAGCAAUGAUCACUCAAGGCAAAUUACAAAUUGACACGACAUCCGACUGGGUCGCAUCGCAGCAGACGGUUUCCUCUCCGCUCACCUCCAGAUCGCAACCUCCUCCCAGUCCGGCGCAGCCCACGUCCGCGCGAUCUUUUGGAAGCAGUGGCUCGCGACCAUUGAUCAAACCCAUCCGCGGCUUCAAACCCUCUUCGUACAAAGGCACUGAUAUGGCCCUGCGCCAACCCUCGGCGGAUGCAGAUAGUACUCUGCGAGCGAUAGAUGCAUACGAGCGUCCAAGAGGGGUAUCAAAUUCCUCGGAGCAGGAUGAGCCUUUAAGCGACGAGAGCGAUCUAUUCCUAAGAGCUGCGAGGGAGGAGGACACUUCACGACAAGCUGGUAAUGAUGGGCGAGAAGACUCUCUGAGUAGUCGAUUGGAUCAAAGGUCGCGAAUUGGUCAACGCUCAUCACUGCCACCGUCAAACACUCUGUUCCAAUCUUCGCUUUCUCGCCGCCGUGGAUCUGACAACGAAUCAAGCGUCUCCCGCACGCUGGACGACCAAGGAAACAGAAGCAUUAACCAGGCUCUAACAUACAACCCACCGGAGAGGGAUCGUGCGUCGACGGCUUUGGAUAAUGUAAAUAGGAGUCGAUUCUACGGAUCCAACCUCAAUUCGAGUCCAACCACCCCACGAGCGAAUAGGGAAUUCCUGCAAGAGUCUGGAUAUCAAGGACGGCGGGGCUCCCUUCCAGACCCCUCUCCUGUGCUACCCUCACGUCCGUCAUCGUACCGGCAAUCGAAUUUGUCCUAUUCUACUCCACGGAAUUACAACUCCUCGCCCCUUGUGUCACGAACGGUGGACAUGCAAGAAGCACAUGUACCCGAGACAUCGCGUGCAGCGGAGGGUACUGAAUCAACCGCGUCAACUACGGCGCCUUCGACCGUGUGGGACGAACUAGAGGAUUUGAAGUCACGCAUACACAGGCUCGAAUUGACCGGGAAGCUUCCGGCAACGUCGGGUGCUGCCAUGUCGCGUGCGGCGCACGAGCGGCCUCCAACGGCGACGACUACGACCAAUACGACGAUGUCUACCUCUCCGAAGCAGCGUGGAAACGGCAAGAGCAGUUCUCCUACAGAAUUGAGUAACCGACAAGCGCAGCCGAAUGACAGCCAUCCACUAUUGUACUCUGCGCUUGCGAAAUCUCAGUCGCUCUUGACUCCUGAGAUUUUCGCGUACUUGGAGGCCGCCGCCAACGACGCGCUCGACAUCUCUGCAAUGAUGGGAGAAUCUGGGCAGCCAGGACCUAUUUCGAGUGCGCAGUCAACGGUUGAUGGGCCGGCAUCUGGAGUAGUAUCAGAUAGACAGGUUCGCCGAAAGGCAGGCAACUUGUGUCGCAGUCUGACCGAACUAUGUCUGGCUUUGUCCAAUGAGAAAAUGGAGCAACAUCCUGUUGAAAAACAAAACGGUGUUAGACCAAGAAGUAGUGGAAGAGACUCGGAGCUCCGACCUAGUAUCGAGACGUCCAAUCUCGUACCACGACAGCCUCUAAGUAACGAAAUUACCAGGAUCAAAUCGAGCCCUAGAGCGCUGAGCAGACUUGAAGAGCGAAGAAGCAGUCUUUUGAACACCUCCUCAUUACCAAGUCCGAGAUUUGCUCCAUCAGAGGUUGGGAACAGUGCUCAAUCCACGAUUGGAGGUCGUCGAACCUCCUUGUUGAUUCGUAGCCGUCGUGGUAACACUGAAGAGCCAGAGGAGGACACAACGAGAUUCCGUGCACCGUCACGCGCGAUCACGGAGGUGGGGCGUUUCAGGAACUCGCAAAGAGAAUAUGUUCCAGAAGAAUCAUUACCAGAGCGAAGUCCUGCUGCACUAUCGUCAUUACCCGUCAGAAGGAAUGGCCAUGUUUCAACCUCCAGUCUACCAAACACGGGACCGCCUGUGGCCCAGUCUACUAUUGGAGCAGCCAGGAGAUUUCUAGACCGAUCGACGCCCGAAAGAGAUACCGCAGGCCCGAGUGGGAGGUUGACUGAUAACCGCGAGAUGCGGAAGUCGUCCAUCACUGGUUUCGGACUUGGAAGGACAGGAAGUCUUACCCGUCGAAGGCAAGCUAACGCAGCCGACUCGCCCAGUGCAGGUACCGGUUACCAGUGA